CGCGGUAUCGACCGCUCUCUACCGCCCGCUGCUGUACUGCUGUAGUCUCGGUGUACAGAGUCAGACAUGAGUGUUAGACGUUUCUCGCACGCUGAUGACAACCGCCUGGUUGACAGCAUCAAGGGGUUUCCGAUACUCUACAACCACGAGCGCUUCUUCACUUCCAAGAACGGCUCGCUGAUAAAGGAAAACUGGCGGGCGGUCGCGACCGCAGUGGGGAGAGACGAGGAAGCGUGCAAGAAGCGCUGGAGAGACAUAAGGGAUCAUUAUUUCAAACUAAAACGAAAACAGAAGAAAACAGAUUCCCCGAUUGUUACAAGAUGGCCAAUAUUCGAGAAACUUUCCUUUCUGGACAACGCCAGGCGAUAUAAACGGGCCAACUGGAGCCACUUGAGCCACGCGGACCUGGAGGAAACUUCUAUCGAGAUCUACGGACCGGAGACCAUGUUCAAAGUGGAAGCGGACAGUGGGAGCGAGAGUGUCCAAGGGACCGAGUCGCCGUGUCAGAUGGAAUAUGUCGGAAUCCCACCCCCGCCGCCGGCCACGAGUUUCUACUCACCGGAACUCCCGUCGGGCGCGGAGCUGCCAGGAGGCUCGGACAACCCGGCCGCGGAGGAAGACGACGUUGAUUCUUUCAUGAGGAGUAUCGCGCUCACCGUGAAGAAGUUCCCUCCGAGAGUCAGGGCCGAGGCCAAAUUCAAGAUUCUGGCGGCGGUGACUGAACUGGAGUUCCCUGGCCGGUGGCAAGACCCGGCGGACUCCACAAAGUCCGACAGUCAGUAGGAGUGAUCUAAUGUGCACCUGAAAGUACCUGAACAGUGAUAUUAACAUUCCACAAUACACACCCUUCAGCACUUCACUUUGUUUACCAGAGAAUGUAGAAGCGUACAAUUCGAAUAUUAAUUUCAGUGCAGUUAUUUGUUAAAGCGCAGUACGUAAGUUAGACGCAAAUGAUUAAUUACACUGUGAAGAAUAAUUAAUAUACCAUUAUAAAUUUAGUUAAAUA